GUUCUACCUCAUGCGUGUCUCCGCUGUCUGCGGCCAACCACAGCUCCACCGCUACCAACCUUUCCCCCCACUGUCAGGGGCGGAGCAGCCCCCCAAAUUCCAGCCUUCCUCUCCCCCUCCAGAUUCACGAGUUCGUCUCUCCCUCAUCUGCUUAGUCGCGGCCGCCUCUCUCUGACUCCAGAUCGCUCCUUAGUUCGCCGCUGCCGCCUCGCUCCUCUGUUCAAAAGCCUAAGCUUUUUAGUCAAGCUCCGCCACUGCCCACCGUCCCUUUCCGCAUCCACCUUGUCAUUCGUUUCAUUUCUUCAGUUCUUUUCCUCCAUUGUUAAUACUUAAUAGGUAAGAAAAAAAGGUAAGGUUUUUUCGAUUUCGAUUUCGAUUUGUUUUCCUCCAUUGAUGAGUCCGCAUUGGCGACAUGGAAAGUCCGCACUCUGUGAACAGUCCAAGAAGAACACUGAGUCUAUCAAGACAGCGAAGGGCAACUGUAUCAUUUCUCGAUUCCGAUGACAAAAACUCUGCCUCAGGCGAUCAUGGCCCUAAGCCUUCUGAAGUUUACGGUUUUGUUGGAUCUAUAACCACUGUCGUUACUACAGUUAUUUUCUUGGUAUGGGCAUAUGUUCCAGAAACAUGGCUACACGCCAUUGGCAUCUCCUACUAUCCUAGCAGAUACUGGGCUUUGGUGGUACCAACUUAUGUGAUGGUGACCAUUGCAUUAAUGUUAGCAUUCUACAUUGGCCUUAAUUUCAUGUCAACACCUUCUCCUGCAUCCAUAAACACAGUUUAUGAUGAAUUCAGUAGGGAUCCCUUGAGUCUUGAUUUUUCGGCAGAGGGUGAUGAAAAGCCCAUUGAUCCCAUAUCUGAUAUCGGUAUAGACAGAAUCAAUGAUGCUAUGUUCAAUCAAUAAUGCAGCCUAACAAUCAAACAUUCAGAUGUGUCUCCAAUAGUAAGGUGGGAAUUGCUGUUGAAGCGGUGCCAGUGAUGUAAAUUCACUAGCAUGAAAUUAAGAUGUUAUAGCUUUUAGACAUGAACUUGGUUGAGUAAUCUUGUAAAACUCAUUAUCAAACAGUAAAUGUGAGCAUUUUUCUUAGUCUUUUCUGCUAUUCUGCUAGGCUCAACUUUUGACGGUGUUGAGCCUUGUAUAUGAAGAAACAUUCUAUAAUAUUCUCAUCUUGUGGAAACAUUGGUCA